AUGCAACACUUGUUGGCCAAUGUAACAUUCCCAAAUGUGACAGUGGUGGAGAUGUUUAGUGUACAAGACUCUGUUGCUGGAAUUACUUCCAAGACAUUCCCAGCCGUUCAAAAGGUACGUUUGCUUGGAACGAGCACAAAUCUCGAACUUAGAGACUUGUCAACGUUGCCACCAAACUUGGAGAGUCUAUACUUUGGAUACUUCAAUGCCAAUAUCACUUCAUUCCCAGUUGGACUACUCGAGCUAGAGAUGAUGAGCUUUGACAGUGCCGCCAACUUUAAGUUGACCAAAGGUUUGUUGCCAGAUACAUUGCGAUCACUCAAACUAAACAAGUAUAAGAAUCCCAUCGAAGUUGGUGAUCUACCAGACUCAUUGAUCGAGUUUAGCCUAAGUGACAACAAGUACUUCCCACCAGAGGCCGUGCCACCCAACCUUAGAACACUAAGAUGGGCAAACAUGAGUUACCAUGGCCUUCCAAUCCGACCACUGUUGAAUCGACUACCAUCUUCAAUCAAGUUUAUGGAGCUGAGCACAUUGCAAGGAUAUGUUAUAUUGGUUCGAUUGUCCGAGACACUAUUCCUACACACCUGUCAACAAUUACAUCUAUCAGGAUUCAUCACGAUGGACAGAAUAAUCAAACACUUUACACAUCAAUAA